AUGCGCUUCGCCGUCCUCGCCGCGUUCACCCUGGGCUCUCUCCUCGCGGCUGCAUCUCCGCCGUUCUCGCCUGGCUUCAAACCAGACCUUCCCCCUCCUGGUGGAUGGGAACCCGUUCCACGUUCAGAGACGAUAGCUCCAACGGUCCAUCUGGACCGCGCCUCGGUUGAGGGCACAUCCGAUGGCUACACUGACUCGUACCUUGGCAUCCCGUACGCCCAAGCUCCCGUUGGUGAGCUGAGGUUCAGCACCCCAGUUGCAAAUAAACCUUACAAUGGGAAAAUCAAUGCCACGGCGUUCGGGAACAUCUGCCACAACUUCAUUUCUACGCAGCCUCCCCUCCCGACGUGGAUCACCCACGACCAGAUGGAGUACCUAAGUAUCUUCCACACGCCAGCUCCGGCUCCAUACUCAGAGGAUUGUUUGAACAUCAAUGUGAUUACCCCUACGUCUGUCAAACCUGGGUCCAAGCUCCCUGUCGUCGCUUACAUCUUCUUUGGUGCAUUUGGCUUCGGUGGAGCCUUCGAUGUUGAUGGGCGGAACAUGGUGAAACGAUCUGCAGAGUUGGGCGAGCCCGUCAUCUUCGUAUCGAUGAGCUAUCGGCUUGGACGUGAGUUGCCUUACGAGAUUACGACUCCAGGGCCCCGAGUCUCAAUUUAA